CUCAAGAUUAUUGCAAAGCUUGUUUUUAUUGCUUCUUCUUUCCUUCUAGCUUGCUUCUUUAUAUUUCGCCUUUUCUGGGUUUUCUUUCUCUCACUCCCUCUGUUCUUCAAGUGCUUGCUUCAUUCACUCUCAGUUUCUCGUGUUUCCUUGUUUGGCCUCUUGCAAAUUCAUUGUUUUACGUUGUUUUGCGUCCCCAGCUGAGGAAGAGAAUCUGUUUCUAAGAAGUUUCUAGUUUUUUCUGGGUUUGUGUUCCUCAUGGCGUUGUUCUGUUGAUAUCCAAGUGGGAAGUUGAUUAUCUUCAGAUCUCUCAAUUGUGAUUCUGGGGUUAUCUCUGUGGAGUAACUGGAUAACAGAUUUCCAUCUCAAUUUGGGGAUUUUUUCGCCUUCCUUUUUAAUUUUCUAAAGUGGUUUUUUUCUAGAUUCCCUAUGCCUGGAUACAAAAAGAUAUUCUGAUUCCUUUCAAAAAAAUGCUAGUGGGUUUGUCCUUGAUAAUAUUCUUGAGUUGAAAAUCUCUUCUCCAUCUCUUCCCUGUUUCUCAUCAAAUUAACUGAAAUCCUCGUUGUUUCAGAGAUCACUCUUCUUCUUGAAUUCUCCCUGAUUCACUUCCAUGCUUCAAUAGCUUUCUCUUCCUUUUUUCUCUUCUGAUUGGAUUUGAUGAAGUGGGAAAUGGAUAUUCUCUCAUCUUCUUCUCAUAUCUCAAAUCCCACUUGGCUCAUUCAAGACGCCAUGAACACAACAAAAUGGACUCCUUCAGAGAACAAACUGUUUGAGAAUGCUCUGGCAGUGUAUGAUAAAGACACACCAGAUCGGUGGGUGAAAGUUGCUGCAAUGAUACCUGGGAAGACAGUAGGAGAUGUGAUUAAGCAGUACAGAGAAUUAGUAGAAGAUGUUAGUAACAUAGAAGCUGGAUUGAUCCCAAUUCCAGGUUAUAACAGUAGCACCACAACCUCACAAUUCACCUUAGACUGGGUUAACUCUUCUGGAUUUGAUAACUUCAAAUCACAUGGUGGAAAGAGAUCCUCAUCAGGGAGACCCCCUGAACAAGAAAGAAAGAAAGGUGUCCCAUGGACAGAAGAAGAACAUAAACUGUUUCUUCUGGGUUUGAAGAAGUAUGGGAAAGGAGAUUGGAGGAACAUAUCGCGCAAUUUCGUGGGGACUCGAACACCAACUCAGGUGGCUAGCCAUGCUCAGAAGUACUUCAUAAGGCAGCUUUCAGGGGGGAAAGACAAGAGAAGAGCAAGCAUUCAUGAUAUAACAACAGUGAAUCUGUCAGAAACCACAAGAACACCUUCUUGUUCAUCUUUAGAAGACAACAAAAAUAACAGCAGCAAAAAUGGAUGUAACACAAAGCAGGAGGCAAAUCCGAGUACUACUUUAGGUCAAGCACAUUUUCAAUGGAACCAGGCAAAUUCAGGAGGAGGAACUAUGGGGUUUAAUCCUUAUGGGGUUAACUCUUAUGGGAUGAAAAUGCAGGGUCAAAAUCUGCAUAGAAGUGAUCUUUUUAAUAAUCAUGAUUCUUCCUACUUUGGACCUCAAACUCAGAACAUGGUUUUCCCAAUGCAUUCUUCUGCUCACUACUUUUCUCAUGCUUUAUAGUUAAUUGAUAUAUGGCUCUUGUAUUGAAUCUUUAAUGGCUACAAUCAUUACUCCCCCCACCUUUUUUUUUUUGGUUCAGUACACUAUGUUUUCUUACAAGUUCUGUGUGAAUACCAUAAGUUGGAAUUUUGAGUAAA